AUGGAACUGCAGGAGGUCUUCAUCGAGUUGCUGCGAAUGUAUGAUCUGGUCCUGUGUGAACCGACGAAGCCGUGGAAGUCAUUGAAUUACGGGAUGUUCCUGCAGUCUCAGUUCUGGAUCGAGGCAUAUGCCAUAAGAGAACACGUAUAA